AUAACAUAUCGCCCCAAAUUAAGAGUACCAAGAAGAGGAACACCUCAGAUGGACCAAGCAACAGACAACGAAGAAGAAGAUACCAACACCCGCCUCUUCCGUGCCUCCAAACACGGCCGGGAAGAUCUCGUCACAACCCUCCUCCAAAAAGGCGUCAUGCCAGACCGUGGUCAAUACGAGAACCUAGGCCACACCGCAUUAACCAUUACCUGCUCCAAAGGCCACGAGGGCAUAGUCCAACUGCUCCUAGACCAUGGAGCGGACAUCAAUGCUAAAAACCAAGACAGCGAUCGAACACCACUAUUCUGGGCCGCAGGGAGCGGCCACGCGAGUGUGGUGAAGCUUCUACUAGAAGCCGGAGCUGAACCAAAUGGCGCAGAGGAAAAUGGCCGUACAACGCCACUAGCAGUUGCCGCAGUUCGUGGGCACGAGGAUGCUGUGUGGGCGUUGUUAGAGUGGGAAGGUGAUGGUGUCGAUAUAGAUCGAAAGGGGUUCGCUGAUAGACGGACAGUAUUAUCCCAUUCCGCAGAGGAUGGCCAGGAGUUGAUCGUCACGCGGCUACUGGAUAGAGGGGCGGAUCCUGACUCGAGGGAUCUCCGUGGCUGGACACCAUUAUGCUGGGCUGCGCAGAGGGGGCAGGUGGCCAUUGUGGAGAUUCUGUUGGCUCGGGGCGCGGAUCCGAAUUCGGGGGAUGAGAAGCAUUGCAUCUUUGUGGAGUCACCAGGAGAUCGGACGCCGCUGUUAUAUGCAGCUGCUGAGGGCCAUGGAGAUGUGGUUAGGCUACUUCUGCAGAAUGGGGCAGAGGUUAAUCACUGUGAUCGGGGCAAAUGGAGUGCCUUGGGGAGAGCGGUGUUUAAUGGUCGUGUUGAGGUGGUGAAUGUUUUGCUGGAUGAUGGUGGUGCCGAUCCAGAGAUUGGGGGUAUACUUGGUGAUACUCUGCUUAAAUAUGCAGAGAUGCAACUCUGGGGACGAGAGGAACCUCGUUAUAGUACAUACGUGGAAAUUAUCGGGCUGCUUCAAAAGUGGUCGAGGAAAGGAGAGCCUGUCCAGGCCAGUGGGGUUUUGGAACGGUUAUAUGCUAUGUGGAGAUAAUAGUAGAGUAUUAUGGCCGUGGAAUUGUGGAAGUUUAAUUUAUAAGACUAGCAUAUCCAAUGGUUUAAUUCUGGUUAAUAUAAAUCACGACAGACCAUUUAGAUUCAUUAAAAUAUUUAUAUCAUGG